GCAGUCCAUGCUGGAGACUAAUCAGGAGGUACCUGGAUGAAUGAGACUCCUUGAUCGAGUGGCCCAAGGCGCCGGGUUCAGACUCCAGUUUGACAGAGCGUAGGCUCAAAUUUUUCAGCCGUGACAAAACAUCGCAACGCUCGCUUGCAGGUGAUAAUUCUCGGUUCUCGACAAUCGAGAUGGUCUAAUGGUCACAGCAAUUCCUAAAAAUGUAACACGCAUCCAGCUUUUGCAGUUCGCAUUGCCUCGUUUGUUGCGUUUCUUGUAGACUCAUCAUCUGAAAUUAGGAAUGAGUUACUGAUGUGAUGUAGAAGCCGAAUACAGUUCCCUACCUCUACCGAUGCAGUUCAUUUUUCAGCGUUGUGCUGGAGUCGUGAGUGAAGCCUUGGUGUAAGACGUUUGAGUUGGUACACAUCGUUGUCAACAUUAAUUAAGGUUAGCACCUGUUCUCUGCUUGAAAGAGUUGACCGCAGCCGACAUUUGCUUCGCCUGUAUGAGAUUGUGAAUUGUCUAGCGUAGAAAUUGAUCAUUAGCGUCGUGUACAUUGCAGAUCGCGAACUAUUAAGUAGCUUUUCGGUUUUUUGUUCCAUAGCAAGUUCAGCGCAGAGACGAGAUGUAUGCGGUCUGUGGAAUUAUUCCCUGGCCUCGGUUGUUGCUUCGAGUUGCUCUGAAGGAUGUGUGUAAUUAGGCCUAAAGCAAGGAUCGAAAAUACGGUGGGAUGGACACACCGUUGCUCUCCGAUAAUAAUCGGUACGCCGCGCCAGAAGCACAUUGGUCUGAGGAACGAAAGUCGUGGGAUUGGGUGCUCGAACCGCCGAAUUGGUGGUUACCAGAUGGUGCAUCUCGUGCCACAAGAAGAGACUACUUCGGUGGACUCAUUGAACGAUGCGUGCUGGUGGAGCCGCUUUCGCCCUGGAUAUCGCCACAGACCUUGCAAGAAGUGCUCGACCAAUUAGGUGUAGUGCAUGCCAUUAAGCUCCUGAGGACUCCGUUAUACGAAGCCGCAGCCUCAUACUCUGACUUCCGACCAAAUUAUUCAAGGAAGGCAAUCGUGGAGCUGCGAAGGUCCGAGAAGGCAAAGGAAUUAGUGGACACAUGCAAAUCCCUCCUCAUGAUAGGCGGUAUACCCAGGCCAGUCGGAGUUCGUCAUGCGGAGCCAGACAUGCUGAUCGAUCACCCUUGCAACCGAGGAAGAGUAUAUCUUGAUCUCAGAAUUUUUCCACGUAGAGAUUGCAAAUUAUUCCGGCAAUAUUUGCUAUUUUGCGACAGAGCUCUCUCUGCAGAAGUGAAGGCUGUAUCAUGGACACAUGCUCUGAAAACAAGGGAGGUGAAGGAAUCGUAAUGGUUGUCCUCGUGAUCAGAUUCAGCAGGAGGAGGAAGAGGCGCUUCAUGCGGAACAAGUGAGAGACCUCGCAGCUUUCAAAAAGAGAAGCAAAUCCUAUCUCAACGCAUCAACUCAAGCAAUUGUUUGAGCUCGAAGGAUAUAUCGGCAUGUUUACCACAAGUAUCAAACCUCGUUCUUCCCUGGAAGUACUUAAGACCUUCCUCCUGGAAGCUUCUAGAAGAUCGUCGAUCCUACGUGGACCAGCUGCUCAGCAAUUGUGGUGCAGUUUUCCUCUAUUGGUGGAUGUUCUUUCACGAGUUUAAAAUCAUGUUCAAUAAAAAUGAGUUGUGUAAAAAUGAAUAUGCACUCAUGCAUAGGUGAAUAGUUUAGACAGUAAUUGGGAUGAUGGAAAGUGUGUUCAUUGUGUAGAAGCAUGCAACGUGUUUAAAAUUCAAAAAAGCCGUAUAUUCAAUGGGGUUUAUUCCUCAAAAGAAGAGGAUUAUUUAUUUAUUUAUAUUUAAAUAAUAAUAAAAAUGAACACGGAGACAGUUAUAUAUAUAUAUAUA